AAAUCAACACUAGUUUUGUAUGGCAUGGUGCAGUUUUCAUUUUAAUAAAGUUUAAACACGAAAUAAAUCUAAGUCAAUUAAAAUAUUAUUAGUAAGAUGAUGUUUGCGUGCACAUAUCUUCCAAAGGCAAUGUGUGUCGUACCUUGAAGCAAUAUAUACAAUCACGUUUAUGAAGUUCUAAACCGCGGGAAAUUUGACCUUCGUCGACGAUGUUAUUUCGUUGUCCCAUGGCAUUGACAACGUGAUUUUAUUAUUAAUUUCAAAACUGCUGGAGAAACUAAAAAUUAAGCUAACACAUGGAACAGACCAAAAACUAACCAGAUUAGAUUGUUAAAAAAACACCAAAAAUGUUUCGAUUUAUUGAUGACAUUGACGAUGAUGACAGUGGAGUGGAAGAGUUGCCAUUCUUUUCCUAUCUGGACAAGGAAGGAAACUACUGGGGUUCGUUCUCCAGUCCAAGUACAUUUGAUGAACCCCAUCACCAUUUCAAUGAUGGAAAAUCCACCAUCUCUUCCAAUAUAAACAAGCGUGAUGGAGCCGCCAAUGGAAAGGGCUUCUCUCAUUACGGUCAGACUGACUACUCAGUGUACGAUGCCUCAUUCUACACUCCAGAGAAGGUCAGCGAUCUUGACAGCGAGACUUCGUCAUCUGUGCGCCACUACGCCCGCAAGCCUCGCACCCCAAGGACCAUCAAGAUGAUGAUGGAGAAACACCGCGAGAGUGAAAGGGUGAGGCACCACAGCCUAAAUGAAGCCCUCAAAGAUGUGUGUCUCCGCGUGCCAGGCUUUGACCCCACUGCUAAGGAAACUAAGGUGGUUCAGAUGCAGCGUAUCAUCGGUUACGAGUGUUUUUUAGAGAACACUCUUAACACUUUGUCCCAGCAGCUGUGUGUGCCAAAGACCUGCCUCACUAUCAACACCAAUUUCAUCACUGAGGCCAUUAAAAACAUGCCUAUGGACGAGUUUUAUCAGUCAUGCAAUUGGAAAGGGGCAGAUGGAGAUGAGGAAGAGCCUUAUUUCACAGUGAAACGAAAAAAACAUGGAUACAGGCUGAUGGACCCCUCCAACCUUCUGAGUGGUAACAUUAACAAUCAACGCGACAAGAUUUCCUCCCCUACUGUGGACUCCACCACUGACAACAUAGUACACGUGUACCCACUGUCACCAUAUAUCUACAACCAAGGGAUCAACCAAGCAGCACCGCUGAUAUACUGCAGCUCAGGAAACGAGGAUCUGCAAGAGGACGCAAUUCUUGAAGAUUCCAACUGGUCUAGUCAGGGCUUCAAUACGAUUGGCUUGUCUUCAGGGGUCAAGGGUUAUUCUGAGGGGCUGGGGGAGUCCCAGGAGUCAGGGAUCAAGCUGGAGAGCCAGUCGCUGUUUGAUGAGGACAACCAGUUCAAUGACAUAGAUAGUCUUGUAGAACAUGGGCUGUACAAGGACUGUGAACACCUGAAAAAUGUCUCGCCUUCUUUCAUGAAGGAGUGUGUGUCGGCAUCCACGGAGGAGGGUGAGGCGGGGUUUGACCUCUCCAGUCCACAGAGGGACAUGCUGAACAGCCCACCACUCAGGGGUAUCUGGCACUCAGCGAGCAAACUAAACCUAUCUGGCGAUGGCGACACACCUAAAUGCAAGGAGAUGCAGAUUGUGUCACCAGAAAAUGUGUUGGAGACAAAACCAAAGUUGGGCUUGUCAGGUACAGGUGCACAAACAAGCCUUCAGAACCAGUUCUCGAUAUCAGGACUAGAACCAUACUCAAUCUAUUCACAAAUGCAGUCACCUGUUCGUUCUAGAGGCAGCUCCAAUGAAAUGACUUCUAAGGAUGAGAAUAAACGACCAUCAUACUCGUCAUACUAUAGGGUUGUCCCACCGUCCCAGGUGGCAUCAACUCCAAAGAGAGUAGCAGGAGUUACCCCAGUUUCCCACAACUUUUCGCACACACGUGAUCUCAAACCAGCUACUGCCAAUAUCAGAAGUAUUCGGAUCAAUAUCGUGCAGCCUCGGUCAAUAGCCAAUCUGAAACGUCAGACAGUCGUCAAAUCCUACAGAGUUUCUUCCGCUGUUCCUUGCAUCACCAGCUCUCAGCCCCAGCAUUGCGCAUCUCAGUCUAGCGCUGGAAAUGCAUGCUGCACCAACAAGAUGACAAGUGUGACUGUAAAUCAGGCCUGUUGUCAUGGAAACAAUGCCAUGGUUUCGCCACCAAGCAAGAACAAAAGGAAGCGAUACGUGCCUCUGCGGUCACCUCUGCAAACCCGGACAAAUAACACACAGAGAUGGCUGGACACUGCUGAACCGCCGUAUAAGAAAUGCAGGCCACUCGGUGAUUUUGAUAGUGCAAGUAAGACCGGGUAUAACAAUGGAGAGGACAAUCACAGCUACCUGCUGAACCUCAAGACAACUCCUGUCUCUAAGCAAAGCUCAAGUACCUUUGCAAGGAGAGUAGACCACCGUCGGUCGACAUGGAUGAAUGGUUUCAUGAUGUUCACACAGGUGAACAGACACAAGAUGAUCAGCGCGAAUCCAGGCCUGCAUGUUUCACACAUCCAAAAGAUGAUGGGGGAGAAGUGGCGAGGCAUGACAGCAGACGAGAAACGCCCAUACAGAGAGAAGGCCAACCAGUGCAGUGCCUACCUUCUAGAGACCCAGCAGUGCCAUGAUCAGAGCGGCUACAGCCUUCUAGAGACCCAGCAGUGCCAUGAUCAGAGCGGCUACAGCCUUCUAGAGACCCAGCAGUGCCAUGAUCAGAGCGGCUGCAGCCUUCUAGAGACCCAGCAGUGUCAUCAGAGCGGCUACAGCCUUCUAGAGACCCAGCAGUGCCAUGAUCAGAGCGGCUACAGCAUACUGGUGCCACAGGAGGCACUCCAGCAAUUCCAUGACCAAGAACAACGCAUGCCACAGGAGGCACUCCAGCAAUUCCAUGACCAAGAACAACGCAUGCCACAGGAGGCACUCCAGCAAUUCCAUGACCAAGAACAACGCAUGCCACAGGAGCCACUCCAGCAAUUCCAUGACCAAGAACAACGCAUGCCACAGGAGGCACUCCAGCAAUUCCAUGACCAAGAACAACGCAUGCCACAGGAGCCACUCCAGCAAUGCCAUGACCAAGAACAAGACAACUCUGAUGACUACAGCUUUCUUGCGCCACAUGAGGCACUGAAUACUGACAAGAUUGCAGGCUCUCUCUCCCAUUGAGAUGAUGUGCUGUGGAGAGUGCUUAAGUUUCUGUGCUAUAUGUUUGAAUUAAGGGGCUGGGUGUAAAACUUUUGUUUCUGAAUUCAUAUUAACUAAGCUACGGGAUGGUUGGGCUUAAUUAAUGCAUGUGCCUAAAGUGGCAUUCCAAUAUGAGCAUGUGCAGUUUGCACAGGCUUUUCAGAAAUACAUUAAUGGAAAUUAAAAUAAAGAUUCUUCUGAAUGUAAAUCCAGCAGUGGUUGAAAAUGUUGUCCCGGAUAGCAUGUGCAGACAAAACUUGAAUUAAGGCUGGUUUUCCCAGAGAACGGCUCAAAUGUUUCACAUACCGGUAUCUUUAUAUGUUCAGGCUAUACUCCACUGUUGUUUCACAUACCGGUAUCUUUAUAUGUUCAGACUAUACUCCACUGUUGCAAUGUUUCACAUACCCGGUAUAUGUUCAGGCUAUACUCCACUGUUGCAAUGUUUCACAUACCGGUAUCUUUAUAUGUUCAGGCUAUACUCCACUGUUGCAAUGUUUCACAUACCGGUAUCUUUAUAUGUUCAGGCUAUACUCCACUGUUAAUGUUUCACAUACCGGUAUCUUUAUAUGUUCAGGCUAUACUCCACUGUUGCAAUAACCCCAAUAAAUGUCAUUCCAUGCAUUUUUGUAAAUAAUUGUUGAAUUUUAAGAAUGUAUGGUAGGUAAAGUAUAUGAAGUAACAAAUACAAAAGUUUUACAUUACCAAGCUUGCUUUUCAAGUUAAUGGUUUCUAACUCAUUUUUCAAUGUAAAAUAUCAUGUAAAAAAUCAUACUUUACAUAAUAAUCAGACAUUGGCACUUGUUUCAUUAUAUGGAUUAUGUGCAUAUAUUGUUGUUGUUGUUGUAUGUUUAAAUCAUUAAAAACCUGUAUUGUAAUUAUACAAUAUGUAAAAUUUUACAUGCUAAAUAAGAUUGUAAGGAAACUUAUAAGUUGUUGUUUUUUAUGGGCAUAUAUGUUUUGUUUCAUUAAUUGUUAUAUUUGCUUGUAUUUCAUUUACACAUUAUUUCAUAUCAUGAUAAACAGUUGUAAUUUUGUUCUUUUAAUGUAUCAGAAUACUAAACCAAGUGUGUGCUAGUACAAGGCCAGGUAUAGGAGUUUAAAUCUAUGGGUUUUUAUUACUUGUUCAUUAUAGAAACACAUUUCUCUUAACAUGGAACAACAGGCAUGGUUUGUUUUGCAAUGUCUAACAUGUUAAAUAGUAGGUAGGACAUUUUUUUUACGCUACAGAUAAUGAUAAAGGUCUGAUAUAGAAGCCAUUUUGUUUUACCAUACCAUUUUGUUUUACCAUACAGAUAAUGAUAAAUGUCUUAUAUAGAGGCCAUUUGUUUUACCCUAUAGAUAAUGAUAAAAGUCUGAUAUAGAAGCCAUUUUGUUUUACCCUACAGUACAGAUAAUGAUAAAUGUCUUAUAUAGAGGCCAUUUUGCAAAUUGAUAGAUUUGUAUCUGCAUAAAGUGACAUUGUUUGAUGUUGAAAUACAUGAUUUUCGACUUUUCAUGUGCCACUAAUUGUAUUCUGUGCGUUCAGUGGUAGGCAGUGAAUUUAUACAGAUAUAUACAGAAAUUAAGUCUCUUAUAAACGUUUGGUUAUCAAAUAAGGUUUAAUUACAUAAUUGAGUUGACAUGUGCUGCCAGCCAAUAAGGACUUGUACGUAAAUAGUGUACUGUAUUGCUAACAUAUUUUUAUAAACCAAUAAGCUAUGAGAAAUAUUAUUGUAUUAAUUGUAGUAAGCAUAUUCUUAUGCUCGGUAUUUGUGUUUUUUUCACUGUUGUUAUUUACAUGAGUAUUCAAAAUGUACAAGUAUACAUUAACUAAACUUCUCUGUUUCUUUAUUGUUACAAGAAGUCU